AUGCCUUCGGUGACAGACUACCAGGUGGCACUGACCCCCAAGGGAUCAGACCACGCGGCUGAACCAGUAAACAAUGACGAAGCGCUCUCGCUCGGCGAGUACUGCAAGACGCGGCUUACGACACUCAAGCCGCCCAUGACAAAGGCCGAGAACCCGCUCAAGGUGCUGGCGCUGCUCAACCGCAUGCAGUGGCUGCAGUUUCUCGUGUCUUUCAUCGCCUGGUCCUGGGACGCCUUCGACUUCUUCACGGUCUCCAUGACCGUCUCGGACCUGGCCGAAACCUUCGACAAGACGAAGACCGACAUCACAUGGGGCAUCACUCUGGUGCUCAUGUUGCGCUCAGUCGGCUCUAUCAUCUUUGGUAUUGCAUCUGAUCGCUGGGGACGUAAAUGGCCCUUUGUAGUCAACAAUGUGCUCUUCAUCGUGCUGGAGCUGGCGACGGGUUUCUGUCAGACAUACACACAGUUCCUUUGGAUCCGUGCGCUCUUCGGUAUUGCCAUGGGCGGUCUGUACGGCAACGUCGCCGCUACGGCGCUUGAGGACUGCCCACCUGCAGCGCGAGGUAUCAUCUCUGGUAUGAUGCAGCAAGGUUACGCCUUCGGUUAUCUAUUGGCCGUCGUGUUCGCCCGUGUUCUCGUCAACACUACCAGCCACGGCUGGCGUCCGCUCUUCUGGUUCGGAGCUUGUCCACCGAUCUUCAUCAUCAUCUUCCGUCUAUAUCUGCCCGAGACCAAAGUGUUCCAGGAGCGCCAACGUGUACGUGAAGCAAGUCGUAACAUGACCAAGACGUUCGUGGCUGAAGGUAAAAUCGCGCUCAAACGCCACUGGCUGCUACUCUGCUACCUGGUGCUGCUCAUGGCAGGCUUCAACUUCAUGUCACACGGCUCGCAGGAUCUGUACCCGACGAUGCUUGAGAACCAGUUCGAGUUCAACUCGAACCAAGUCACCGUGACUCAAGUCGUGGCCAAUCUCGGUGCCAUUUGUGGCGGUACUCUUGUGGGCUACUACUCGCAAGUGUUCGGUCGUCGUCUCUCGAUCCUUGUCAUGACGGUCAUUGGAGCUGCUAUUCUGUAUCCAUACUGCUACGUUAGCGACGAGAGCAUCAUGAUCGCCGCUUUUUUCGAGCAGUUCUGCGUCCAAGGUGCUUGGGGUGUCAUCCCAAUCCACUUAAUGGAGCUGUCUCCCCCGUCGUACAGUGCGUUUGUCGUGGGUACGGCGUACCAACUCGGAAACCUGGUUUCCUCAGCAUCGUCGACUAUCGAGGCUUCACUCGGCGAGCACUUCCCGCUGCCAGAGGGCGAGAACGGAGAAAGUCGCUACCAGUACGGCAAGGUGAUCUGCAUCUUUCUGGGUGUGGUCUACGUCUACGUGUUCCUGCUGACACUUAUCGGACCUGAGGCUCGCGGCAAGGAAUUCGAUGUCAAGCACGACCAGGAUCUCGAAGAGGCCGCCCACGUCAACCACGAGGACCUCGCUAAGAUCCUCCACGACGACGUAAGCCCCACUGAAGCAAAGUCAUUGAAGGCGUAA